AUGAUAUAGUGUUGUUAUGUGAUGCUGGUGAAUCUGGUGAUGGUAGUGAUGAUGAUGUUGGUAGUGGUGAUGAUGAUGUUGGUAGUGAUGAUGAUGAUGUUGGUAGUGAUGAUGAUGAUGUUGGUAGUGAUGAUGAUGGUGGUGAUGAUGGUGGUAGUGGUGAUGAUGAUGGUGAUGUUGGUAGUGGUGAUGAUGAUGUUGGUAGUGGUGAUGAUGAUGAUGAUGUUGGUAGUGGUGAUGUUGGUAGUGGUGAUGUUGGUAGUGGUGAUGAUGAUGUUGGUAGUGGUGAUGAUGAUGAUGUUGGUAGUGGUGAUGAUGAUGGUGGUGAUGAUGUUGGUAGUGGUGAUGAUGAUGUUGGUAGUGGUGAUGAUGUUGGUAGUGGUGAUGAUGUUGGUAGUGGUGAUGAUGUUGGUAGUGGUGAUGAUGAUGGUGGUGGUCAUGAUGUUGAUAGUGGUGAUGAUGUUGGUAGUGAUGAUGAUGGUAGUGAUGAUGUUGGUAGUGGUGAUGAUGUUGGUAGUGGUGAUGAUGUUGGUAGUGGUGAUGAUGUUGGUAGUGGUGAUGAUGUUGGUAGUGGUGAUGAUGAU